CCGGCAGGCUCGACCGGUCACCGUUAGUCCGAGCGAGUGACGCGGCUCAUAGGCUCGUGGCGUCUAAUCAUGCAUAGCGGGUUGUCGUCAUGAUCCUGCUGGUGAUCGCUGUGUGUUUGAGGCUCGCCGCGGCCGAACCUACCCUCGACAAGGGGUGCUCAGGCCUGACCACGUGCAUGGACUACGCGCUGAACGUGAUUCACACGAGCGACAGGUACAAUCUGUUUGAGAGUUUGUGGUUUGACGCGAUCAACGGAACUAACCACAGCUACGUGAUCACUACCAGUGACCCAAGGAACUUCAGUCAGCUGGUGAAGAAGGCCACGAACCUGUUUGACACACACUACCUGGUGUGGAGGAUAGCGCCGGGGCUGAAUGUCAAAGUGUUCAAGAAGGACGAGGACAGGUUUGGCAUGUCGGUGCUGAAGGAUGUGUUCCCCGUCAAGAGUGAACAUCGGACAUUCGGCAUCGGAAAGCGUCGUAUCAUGAUGGCUCUGCUGCCCAUCAUGUACAAGUUGGGAGUCAUUACGACGCUGCUCAUAGCCCUUACUGUGAUCACUCUCAAGGGACUGACCAUCGGCGUCAUACUACUAAUGCUGUCCUUUGGCGGCAUCCUCACCAAACUCAAGGGAAGCCACGUAGAGCACCCUCAGAAAGACAUCCACAUCCAUGUCCAUCCCUACGGAGGUAAGACUGAGCAUUACCCCAGCUACCACGCAGAGUACUCUCCAUGGAGCCGAGACGGAGAAGCUCCGUUGGACGAGACUAGCCAAGCUCCGGCAUCCACAACCUCAGCGACCUGGGCUACUGGGUAUCUGCCACCUUUUAUGUCGUAUAGAUAAAUAGUCGCUCAAUUUACCAUCCUUUUAGUCCAAGAUAAACUCAAGCUGUAUAGGAGUUGCUCAACUGCACCGAUAGUUAAGGAUUGUAAUUUAUAAUAAUUUAUCCUAUGUUAUAUAAAUACCUUCGUGGUCUAGCUCCAAAUUGUUUCCUUGGUGUUAAAUGUCUUGACUUUUUCGCGCCAUUAUUAAACACUCAUCUUCAGGAAUUACAUUUACAUGUAACGUACAAUGUUGACUUAAAGAUGUUUGUGAAUAUGGGUCAUUGAUGAAGCAACAGCGUAUAAUCAUGUUUCCUGAUGAGGUGCGUUUGAAACAGCAAUCAACUAUGGUUAUUAUGUAAACAUAGUGUCAAAUUUUUUUCAGUAUGGGAAUCACAUGGUAGGGGGCAUUUGACUUUCAGUCAGCCCUCAGCUGUAGUUCAAUUAAACCAUUAAAAACAAAGAGAGAUUGCAGAAUUUUACAUUGGCUACAUCUAACAUAAAUUGAUGUAAAUAUUUCACUAGGCAGCAUACUUAUGUAUUUUAGAAUCUAUGCUAUGAUUUCAAAAAGUAAACUACACUGCAUUCGGUGAGUGCUUGGUGUCAAGCGCCUCCCCUAGUCUAACAGGACUACGGGUUGUAGCCUUUAGGAAAAGGGAAAAUGUGACAGAAGUGUCAUUGUAAAAGGCUGGCUCACAUGCCCUCAGUGGCUUGGCAGUCUGAACAUAAGUUGAGUUAGGGUUUUGAUCACGAUGACAAAAUGGUGGACGAGAUUGGGGAUUUUAACUAACAUUCCAUCGUCAAAUUUGUUACAAAAGUGUUUGAAUGGACUCGAAUUUUGAUACCAAUCCCAAGGCUGGGCCGCGGAGGGUUCACUGUGAACCGGCCUGACCCUAACGUCACUCCAAACACUCACCGAAUGUACACUUGAAUUCAAGCUUGAUGUUAACAUAAAUUUCUUAUGGAUACAUUACUUAGAAAAUCUAUUUCUUAGAAGAUUAUUUAUUACUGUAUUUCUUUUUACCAGGCCCCAUUGCUUUACAGUAUUAACAAUUUAUUAAAAAACUUUACUCCAAGAAAUUCUGAUACUGAAGAAAAAUUGUUAUUGCACCAAGAUCAUUUUGAAAUUGCAAACUAAAGAAAAGUAAUAUAAAAUAUAUAACCAAAAGUAAUUUGUUUUUUUACAUGAUAAACCGACAAACAGUAUACUUUUCGCCAAGCAAUUCAUAAAAGUUUGAUUACUGCAAAUAGUGACCACAACAGUUCUACUCAAUGUUUUGUAAUUCAAAACUAAACAAAUUUAAAUACUGAAAUUCUCAAUUAAAGAAGGCAAGGUAAUCAGCUUUAUUUGCUUUUAAGUUGAGUCAUUAGUUAAUGAGCAUGUUUGAGUAAUAAUUAUGUAUUAAGCUUUGAAUAUACGAACAAAUUAUUUGUGUAUGUAGGCCCUACAUAGCUUUUAUCCACUUCAGAGAAAUUGUAUUCAUAUUUUCUACGGGAAACUUGCUCCAAAUUUUGUGGGUAAUGUCAGUAGUAGGGUAUUCUGAAAGAAAAAAAGUAAUUUACUUGCUAAAUGAAAUACCUCAUAACCGGGCAUUUAGGUGUGUAACUAUAGAGCCAGAAUGCAAGUUGCUUAGAAAGAGUAUAAAAGAAAAACAUUUCCGGUGUUUUUAAAUGUUGAUGGUUUCAUAGGAUCAUACAGUCAUGUGGUACAUAAUUGUUCAAAUUUAUUUAUUAACUAGCUGUGUACCCGUUCUACGCACGGGGAUCUUAUAAUAUUCAGUUGAAACCUUCUUAUAUAACGAACAGCAGUUGGUUUGCAUAUUUUAAGAUAUGCUGGCCAAACUAUUAUACAUAGCUUCAUUUUAUGUUGUUUUUUGUUGUUCCGGAUCGGUAUGACAAUCAAUAAAAGGUUAAAUUACCUCUGUGUCUGCCGGUCGAUCCUAUAACGGUAGGCUUACUUUUAUUUUUACUAUCUGAUCUCGUUUGCAUGGCUCAAUCACGUCCUGGUUGAAGUUCGUUCGCUACGCUCACUCACCUGUAUGUUGGAGCUCGUUCGCUGCGCUCACUUUCCUUCAGGUUAGCUCGUUCGCUACGCUCACUUGCCUUCAGGUUAGCUCGUUCGCUACGCUCA